AUGGGCCGCUUCAACCUCGACCUCUGCCUAAUACCACAGGUGACAGAAGGAGGAGUGGAGUACUUGCCUGAAGAUGAACUUCGAUUGGCUUUGGGCAGUAUUGCAGCUCGCGCAGAUCAUAUUGUGAGUUAUGCUACUCCCCAUCGCAUUGCAGCUGCUAUCGCAUCUAAUGUACGUGCGGGAUCUGAAUUUACACAUCAGAUUAACAUGCUUAUUGGUAAUACACACUCUAGAGAAGCUUUAAUUGAACUCCUCUGUGAUCUCACGAGUAAACAUGUGGAGGAUGAAAACUUACCGUUACAAUGUAUGAUUUUUGCCUCUAAUGAGACAUCUGUGGUUUGUGAAAUUAUAGGAAGAGAAGAGAUGAAGUCUGUAAAAGAAGUUAUUUGUGGUAUGCGUCAAAUCGUUUUGGUGGCUCUAAAGUAUGGACGCCGAACGGUUACAUUUGUUGUUGCUCAACAACUCUCUACUACUCUUAUAGCUUCCAUGUUAGGUUCUUCUUGGUGUCAUCUUUGGCUUCUUUUAGGGGGAAAUGAUUCCAUUGAUCGAUCGGUAUCAAUGCUGCGGGAGGCACUUGCAGUUCGUGAUGCCGUAAAUGGAUUUCGUCAAGUUUCUGAACCACUAAUAAGAGAAAAAGAUGAUAUUGAAACUUUACUACAAGCACGAGCCUCUUCAGAUGAAGAAGCACAACAAUUGAUAGAUGUUUUGCAGAAGUAUAUGGUGGAGGAUAAUCAUAAAGAUUUUCAACGUAUUGUAGAUGAACAUGCGGCAUUGCAAGCUGCACAUGCAGAUUUACAAUUAUAUUUAACAGAGCGUGAGGAAUACUUUACAACACAAUUAGAGGAGACGGAACAGGAAAUAGAGUAUCUGAGGCAAAGACUACAGGAAUCAACCACUAGAGUGGAAAAACUAGAUGAGACGGAAGCAAGAAUUAUGGAAUUAGAGACAGAAUUAGCUAAGAAAAAUGAAGAACUUUUUAUUCAACGAGAAAAAGCAUUUGAAAGUCAACGAGAAGCGGAGGAACAAAUUCAGCAACUUAAUCUUGAAUAUAAUAUUAAACUUAAAGAACUUCAAAGUAUGGAUGAUAGACAUAAAGUUGAGAAUUCCGUAGAUUCUCUUCAAGCUGAAUUAUUAGAAGCACAGGCAGCAUUACGUGAAAUGCAAGAGCAGUUAGAUGAUUUAAAUGAAGAAAAUUUACAGAAUGUUAUGGAAUUUCAAGAAAAAGAAAAAGAUUGGCAAAAAGAAUUAAAACGAGCAAGAGAAAAGACAGAAGCUGCUAUUGAAGAAUGUCUUCAACUUCGAACUGCCAUAACUUCUCAAGAUUCUAGUAUGGAUAUUGUAAAGGACACUAUUCAGGCUACUUGGGCAUUACAGGAGCAAGAAUUAGAUGAUCUUUUGUUAAAAAUUAGGGCUAUUUCAUCUGCCAACGCUUCCAAUGUUCAUCGUCGUGUAUCACCACAACGGUUAACAAACUCUAAUCCACGAAAUCACAUUAGAGUAUUGUCUCCUAGUCCAUUACUGAAUGGCAAUUCAUAUUUGUAG